AUGGACGGUACUGGGUCGCCUGAUGAGUUCCUCCAAACCCUCCGCCUUUCUUUGAAGCCAUCCGAUAAUCUCGUCGACACCCUCGCGAACACCGGCGGUGUACCUCAAUCUGACCACAUCCGCAAGAUAAUCGCAGCCACACUAUGGCACCGAAAGUUCGUCCCAACGUAUUACAUAUGGAUUGCGGCUGUGGUGGCCGUAUCUUGUGGCAUCGAGACAUACAAGAGGCGGCGAUAUCGGAGCAAUGGCACUCGCAGCAGUAAUGUCGAUGUCAGCAAUGGUAGCGCGGUCGACUCGACCCCGUCCUCAUCAUCCAGCAGCACGUUGAUAGGAGCCAAUACACCCCCUCAGAAAGAUGUCGACGAGGCCACGUCUCUGCUGUUACAGAAGGAGCCAAGAGAACGGCCACAGCUGCGAAGUCGGCUCGCAUCGUUCUUGCUCUACCAACCACGCCCCAUACCAGCCUUGACAUCUGCCAUCAACACCCUGCCAGAUAAUGGCACAACUCUCUCCAUCUUGUUCUUCCUGGCUCUCAACCUGUUCUACCUCUUCUACCGCGCUCCGCUCUCCGGGAAAUGGAUCUUCAUUCUCGUCGACCGGGCGGGCCUUCUCUUCGUGGUCAACCUUCCAGUGCUCUAUAUAUUGGCAGCCAAGAAUAACCAACCCAUCAAAUACCUGACUGGGUGGUCCUACGAAGGACUUAAUAUCUUCCAUCGCCGUCUCGGAGAAUGGAUGACUUGCUUUGCUGUUAUCCACAUGUUCGGCAUGUUCCUCGUGUGGUACACCCUCCUUCGGCCCAUUGGAUUUACAUUUCUCCACUACCUUACCGCCAAAGUCGUCUUACUAGGUCUUUCUGCCGUCACCGCUUAUUACAUUAUAUAUAUCACAAGCACCGGGUGGUUUCGACGGCUCUACUACGAGGCGUUCCUGGGGCUGCACAUAUUCUUUCAACUUGUGGCAUUGGUGUUUUUGUUCUUCCACUAUCCUACAGCUCGACCUUACGUGGGAGCUGCGCUGGCCAUAUGGGUCAUCGACCGAGGCAUCUGGCGCAUAGCGACAUCGAGCCGGAAAUUUAUCGCCACAUUGGAAGUCACUUUCGAUGGACAAACCGUAUUAUUGCAUGCGGACAUUCCACUACGGCAGCAGAAGUCAGCCUCGGGGAUCGUACGAAGUCUCCAUUGCGGCUGGACACCAGGGCAACAUGUCUUCCUCACGAUCCCAUCAAUGGGCUUCAAAUAUCGCUUCCAAGCCCACCCUUUUACCAUCGCUUCUCCAGCACCACCGUCGAACCCAGCCAGCAGACACCUACAAUCGUGGCCCCUCCAACUCACAAUCCGCGCCAUAGAAGGGUUCUCUCUCGACCUGCUCCACUACGCCAAAUUCCACCAACACUGUGAAAUCAUCCUGGAUGGUCCCUAUGGUUCGAGCUCCGCCCUCGAAGCAGCUCACGCCGCUGACCGUGUCUGUUUCGUCGCCGGUGGCAGCGGCAUUGCCGUCACAUACCCCUUGGCAUGGGACGUCCGUGUCUUGGACCACGCAAAGGCAGACGCAAUUGUGACUACAAGGACGGUGUACGAGAACGGCAGGAGGAAACCGCCACCUCUGACCCUAGAAUGCGACAGACUCACCAACAAGUCGAAGUACACGCACUUCUGGGUCCGGCAGGACGAACGGCACAAAGAGUGGAUCACCAUGGUUCCGAAAGCGGCUGCCACGAUCCAAGACCCAGCGCACACUGCCGAUCAAGCUCCACAGGAGGGGUAUCGGGCCGAAGAAGAAGAAGAACAAGUGUCAAGUCUAAUCACCCGGGCGUUCGACACCAGAGCUCCACCACCCGAGGGUGGCCGACCAGAUAUGAAGACCGAGAUCUGGACGUGGGUCACCUCGGUACACGGUAGUGUGCCUUCAAGGUUCCCGUCGUCAACAACGCCCGAGGACGCUGCUUCGGACCCCCCUUCCUUCCGUCUGGCACCAAACACGAAGACCACCAUGGGAUCUACGCCUGCGCCUUCUCGGUCCGAUAAGAUCUGCAUCAUCGUCUCCGGUCCGGACGGCCUGGUGCGCGAUGUACGUAACGUUGCUGCCGAGCUUGUGAAGCAGGGGUGGGCCAUUGACGUGCAUGUCGAGAAGUUUGAGUGGUGA